AUGGCUCCUCUGCUGAGCUGUGACAUCAUCUGCUCAGGAGAUCCUCUCGUCCACGAGGAGACGCUUCCUUCUGUGCAGCUUCACGGUUUUAGGCUGUCGUGUCCGGAGUGUCGGGUGGUGUCAGAGUUCGUCAUCCCGUCGGUUUACUGGGUGGAGGACCAGGAUGAGAAGGAUCACCUGAUCGAGCUCUUCAAGUCUGGAGUCAGUAAGAAGUCCUGUAAGUACUUCGACCAGGGUCGGGGGUCGUGUCCCUUCGGAGGGAAGUGUCUGUACCUGCACGCCUUCCCCGACGGCACCCGGGCAGAACCCGACCAGCCGCGCAAACAGCUCAGCUCCGAGGGGAACGUCCGGUUCAUGAACAGCGUCCGUCUGUGGGACUUCAUUGAAGAGCGCGAGCAGCGGCCGGCACUCGACGACGACAUCUCGGAGCUGAGGGAACUCUUCUUGCAGAUGUCCGGGCCGGGCCAGGACGGGCCGGAGGACCCCCCCCCCGGCGACCAGUAGACGGGCCCAGUCGAUAAACAUCAUGUGAUCACGCUGCAGCUGGAAACAUAAUUCCAUCAUGUGCACACGUUUUGGUAAUGAUUAAUGUAUUAUUGCCAUUUUAUUUAUGUGUAAAUAAGUAAAUACAGUCAGUGUGAAGUCUC